CGCCAAUUCAAUAACUUGCACACAUGGCUGCCAUCCUAAAUGGAGAAACAGGUUGACUUGGAAGCAGGGUUGACCUAGAUGAUGCCUCUAGCAACCUCACCUUCGCGAUAACUGGUGCAACUAUGUGGUCUUUAUUCACAUCCGCUGCCCGUUGGAAAUGGGAUGGAGAAGGCGUCCCGAGUAAGAAAGUACUGAAGACUCAGCGCCAGGUUCUCCAUUCUGGUAGUGAUGACUCUAAAAAGCGACUUUUGGAGCACAUCGUGGACCUGGCAGACCGUAGCGAGGAGCUGCAGACUGCUUUAGGCCAUGCAAAGAUUACUGCUGACGUCUGCGGCUGCUUCCUGUCUGGUUCUGCGCCGGUACAGACAGCGGCUGCAAACGCUCUGGCAGCGCUGUGCGAUGAGCACCUAGGCAACUGCACGGCCGUAUUGGCUGCCCACCACGGGAGCAAGAAGCCCCUGCCUCUCGCAACCAAGCUCCUUGAGCACAAGAACAUCGACCUGGCGCUUGCGGCAGCCGGUCUGCUGGACGUUCUGGCCGCAUCAGACUCCUCUGCUGUACUACAGUACCUCAACCAGUCCAGCUGCAUUGAGGAUCUCUUCAAACGGAUGCGGACGUGGAGCCAGAAGGCCUUGGCAGCCUCAGAGCCCGCCGCGCCCACCUACAUGAAGCUGCUGCGCCGAUUGUUGAGGGUUUUGCAAAGCGUGGCGACCACCGUCGGCGUGGCCAAGUGCCGGGAGCUGUUCAAGGCGCAGGUGGUUGCGCUGCUGUUGGAGUUUGUGCAGGAUUACAGAGGGCGGCAGGGCCUACUGCCGGCGGCUGGGGAAGCCAGCGAAAGCGGCAGCCUCAGCGGACAUGCGGCCGUGGUCCGGGAUGCGCUAUAUCUGCUGUUCCUGGUGCUGUCGCAG